AUGGAGGUGACCACCGUGUCCCCAUCUCCUGCCUCACCCACUGAAGGAGAUGAUCUCUGUGAGACAGAUGUCACCGAUGUGGCCAUACACAGUGUGACCCUGCUCAUCUGCCUCUGUGGACUGGCUGGGAAUGGGGCUGUGCUCUGGCUCCUCAGCCUGAAAAAGGGUAAUCGUUACUUCUUUUAUAUGGCUUUCAUUGACUUCCUCUUCCUCCUCUUUGUAGUCCCCUCUACCUUCCUCUUCCUGGUGGAGGACGUGUCCUGCUCCCCUAUUGUGCCCUUUAUGUACGUGAGUUUCCUUUUCCAGCUGUCAGUGGUCCCCUACUACAGGGCACUGGUGUCUCGAAGGACUGCACAGUCUAUGCAAAAGCUCUGCAAGCUCUGCUGCGGCUGCCGCCUUCCCAAGCACCUGAUGUGGGUGGUGGGAAGUGUCCAAUACUGGGCCUUCUUUGCUCUCUUUGCUGUCAUUCCCACAGUGACAUUCCUGUGCCCAUCACACCAGCAGGAGCUCUGCCGGGCAGCUCUCAUCUCCAUAUACACCAUCAUCCUGCUCCUCUUUGUGGUACCCGUGGUCACUUCCCGCACAAUCGUCCUCAUGAGGGCCAAGUGGGGCUCCCAGCAGCAGCAGCCCAAGAGGCGCGACAUUGUUAUCCUCAUCACUGUGCUCUUCACUCUCUUUCUCAGCCUCUGGAAUUUCCUGCAGCAGCUCGGUUACCUCACUGUGCCCUUCCAGGUUGUUUUCCUGCUCAACUGCAUCCACAGCAGCAUCAAACCCUUCGUCUACUUCUUGGCAGGGCAGUGCUGGUGGCCCUGCACGAUGGGGUCCCUCCAGUGCUCCCUCCAGAGGGUCUUUGAGCAGCAAAAAACUAAAAACCACAGAAAUAAGUCUCGCACAGAAACAGCAGUCUGA